AUGGCGGAUUGGCAGCAGCUACUUCAAUCGAUCUUUCUCGGCCUCAUUUUCUCUUACUUCCUCGCCAAGCUGAUCUCCAUCGUCACUUCCUUCAAGGAGGAUAAUCUCACCAUCACUCGCGGCGGCGGCGGCGGCGGCGACGACGGCGAAAAACGAAACCCGGGAAAGUUGGUCUUUGAGACCAACACAGGAGGAGGAACAACUCAGCAAUUCAUCCCAUGGCCCUUCGUCUUCCUUAAAGACUCAAUUCUGUUCAAACCCCAUCCUCCUGUGAAAAAUGGCAUGGGCCAUGGAGAAGCUGGAUGGUGGAAACAGCAGUUUGUUAACGCCGACGACAAACGAAACGGUUCCCUCUCCUUUGAUGAGUUCAAAGAUUUUUUGCACCCAGAAGACAGUGACAACGAAGAAAUCAAGAAAUGGCUACUGACAGAAAAACUAGAGCGAAUGGACUAUGACAAAGAUGGGAAACUGAGUUUUGUAGAGUUUUGCGACCAUACUUAUGAUAUUUACAAGAACUAUGUUGAGUAUGAAACUGCCGGGCGUCGUGUGCCAAAACCUGAAGAGAAGUUUUCAGAGCUUGAUUUGGACAAGGACAGAUUCUUGACAGUGGAGGAACUGAUUCCCAUACUCGGUUACCUUCACCCUGGAGAACUGUCGUAUGCCAAAUAUUAUGCCAGUUAUUUGAUUCAUGAGGCUGAUGAUAACAAGGAUGGGAAUUUAACACUUGAAGAGAUGCUCAACCACGAGUAUAUUUUCUAUAGCACAGUCUAUGAUGAUAGCCAUGAGGAUUCUGAGGAUGAUUUGCAUGACGAAUUAUGA